AUGAACAUCUGCAACAAGCCCUCUAACAAGACAGCCCCUGAGAAGAAUGUGUGGACCGCACCUGCACAGGCCAGCGGACCCUCCCCGGAGCUGCAGGGCCAGCGGUCCCGCCGGAAUGGGUGGAGCUGGCCCCCGCACCCACUCCAGAUUAUGGCCUGGCUGCUGUACCUCUUCUUUGCUGUGAUUGGCUUUGGGGUCCUAGUUCCCCUCCUGCCUCACCACUGGGUGCCUGCUGGCUAUGCUUGCAUGGGCGCCAUCUUUGCUGGCCACCUCGUGGUGCACCUGACUGCUGUUUCCAUCGAUCCAGCAGAUGCCAAUGUGCGGGACAAGAGCUAUGCAGGGCCUCUGCCCAUCUUCAACCGCAGCCAACAUGCACACGUCAUUGAAGACCUACACUGCAACUUGUGCGACGUGGAUGUGAGUGCGCGUUCCAAGCACUGCAGCGCCUGCAACAAAUGCGUGUGCGGCUUUGACCACCACUGCAAGUGGCUCAACAACUGUGUGGGCGAGAGGAACUACCGGCUCUUUCUACACAGUGUGGCAUCCGCCUUGCUGGGCGUCCUGCUCCUCGUGCUGGUGGCCACUUAUGUCUUUGUGGAGUUCUUUGUCAACCCCAUGCGGCUGCGUACCAACCGCCACUUUGAAGUCCUAAAGAAUCACACAGAUGUGUGGUUCAUGUUCCUGCCUGCCGCCCCUGUGGAGACGCAGGCUCCUGCCAUCCUGGCUCUGGCUGCCCUACUCAUCCUUCUGGGCCUGCUCUCCACAGCCCUGCUUGGCCACCUUCUCUGCUUCCACAUUUAUCUCAUGUGGCACAAGCUCACCACCUAUGAGUACAUUGUGCAGCAUCGUCCACCACAGGAGGCAAAGGGGGCCCACAGGGAGCUCGAGUCAUGUCCCCUGAAGAUGCGGCCUAUUCAGGAGAUGGAGCUCUACAUGCGGACCUUCAGCCAUGUGCGCCCAGAGCCCUCUGGCCAGGCCAGGCCUGCUGAAGUGAAUGCCAAUCCCUCCCGAUUCCUUGCCACCCGCGGCCAAGUGGAGCCUCCACCGCCCUCCUCCCCAGAGACUCUCGCUCUGCCCCCCCGGAUACGACCCCAGAAAAAGAGGAAGCGGCGCAUGUAUAAGGUACCGACCUCUGGGACCUUGGACCGAGAGCCCCAGUUGCCCAGGCUGCCGGGGCCCCGGACCCCCGGCCGCCGCUCCAGCUCGUCGUCGGAUUCCGCGGACGCCAGCACUGCAGGAGUCUAUCACUCGGCGUCUGCCGAGUCCCUGGACGAGAUCCCAGUGGCUCAGACGCGCCUAGGCAGCGCCGCUCUGGCCUCCCCGGUGGGUAGGCCCCGAGAGCCCGGGCUGGCGCUGCAGGCACGUGCGCCCGCUGUUUUCGUGAGCCCGAGCAGCGGCGAGCCCCGCGCGCGGGGCGGCUCCGAGGCUGAUCUGGCUUAG